AUGCAUGCUGACUUCGCGGAACUAUCCGGAAGACAGUACUUGCUGAUGAUCGACUCUUUCUUAAAGUGGAAAGAAGUACACAAAUUGGACACUCAUGCCACCACAGAGAAGACGAUGAAUGCAAUGAAACUGGCUUUUAGUUAUCACGGCUUACCCAGGAGGUUGGUGACGGAAACCAUCCCCCAAUUUAGGUUACAUGAAUUUCAGAUAUUCAUGAAGGCCAAUGGAAUUCGAAAUCAGUUAACACCGCCUUAUCAUCCUUCAUUUAAUAAACAGGCUGAAAGACUUCCAAGAACUCAAGAAAAUUUUGAGCAGUCGGCCAACAGAGAGAUCCAUCACUCAUCAGGUAUCAUCAUUCUUACUGCGGUAUCGAACGACACCAAACACGACAACAGGGAAGGCCCCAGUGGAGCUCAUGUUGAAGAUAGAAUUGAGAACUAG